AUGUUUUCUUGCAUGAGAAACUUCUUCCAGCGGUUCUGCUUCGAUGAGUUUCAGACUGAGAGCAUCAGCCAUGGAAGCUUCUUCUCGAGUGAUCUUCUUCCUUCUCUCGGUGCUAGAAUCAACCAGGCAACGAAGCUUCGGAAAUAUAUCAUUUCUCCCUAUAACCCCCGGUAUAGGGCUUGGGAGAUGUUACUUGUCGUCCUAGUCCUUUACUCGGCAUGGAUUAGCCCAUUCGAAUUUGCAUUUAUAACAUACAAGAAGGACGCCCUCUUCGUUGUGGAUCAUGUUGUGAAUACCUUCUUCGCUGUUGACAUUGUUCUCACUUUCUUCGUGGCGUACUUGGACAACCACACUUACCUUCUUGUCGAUGAUCCCAAGAAAAUUGCCAUCAGGUACCUGUCUACCUGGUUUCUUUUUGAUGUCUGUUCAACUGCACCCUUUCAGUCCAUCGGUCUUCUAUUCAUGAACAACGGUGGCCUUGGGUUCAAAGCACUCAGCAUGCUCAGAUUGUGGCGUCUCCGACGAGUCAGUGCUCUGUUUGCAAGACUAGAGAAGGACAUACGGUUCAACUAUUUUUGGACAAGGUGCACAAAGUUGAUAUCCGUAACCCUGUUUGCAGUCCACUGUGCUGGAUGCUUUAACUACUUAAUCGCCGAUCGAUACCCUGAUCCGCGGAAAACAUGGAUUGGUGCAGUAAACCCAAACUUCAAAGAGGACUCUCUCUGGGACAGAUAUGUCACUGCAAUGUAUUGGUCCAUCACAACAUUAACAACAACCGGUUACGGGGACUUGCACGCAGAAAACCCAAGGGAGAUGCUAUUUGACAUCUUCUACAUGCUUUUCAACCUAGGGCUCACAUCUUACCUCAUUGGGAAUAUGACGAACCUUGUGGUCCACUGGACAAGCCGCACCAGAAACUUUAGGGAUACGGUCAGGGCUGCUUCAGAGUUUGCAGCAAGGAACCAGCUGCCCCCUCAUAUACAGGAUCAGAUGCUAUCGCACCUUUGUCUUAAAUUCAAAACUGAAGGACUGAAGCAGCAAGAGACCUCAAAUGGCCUCCCAAAAGCCAUCCGUGCAAGCAUAUCGCACUGUUUAUUCUUGCCCAUUGUUCAGAAAGCCUACCUAUUCCAAGGGGUUUCUCAUGACUUCCUAUUCCAAUUGGUUCCAGAAAUGGAGGCAGAAUAUUUCCCACCAAAGCAGGAUAUACUAUUGCAGAACGAGGCCCCAACAGAUAUCUAUUUACUGGUCUCAGGGACAGCGGAUGUAAUAUCUAAACAUAACGGGCAUGAUCCGGUUAUUGUCAAGGCAACUUCAGGAGACCUUUUUGGUGAAAUUGGAGUUCUGUGUCAGAGGCCACAGCCAUAUACUGUCCGAACCAGAGAGAUAUCCCAGAUACUAAGGCUCAACAGAACUUCGCUUAUUAACACCAUACGGUCAAACAAGGAAGAUGGUCCCAUUAUAGUGAAGAACUUCUUCAUGAAACUGGAAGGGCCAGAAUGCGUAAAUGUUCCAUACCAGCAUUUUAAUCCAAGAUUUGUGCUCAAUGAGUGGCUUGACGAAGGACCAACUCAAAGAAGUCAUGAAAACUCCACAAGUCAAAGUUAUGCAGUAGGAGAUGACCAAACAAUGCCACAAGCAAGGGACAGGAACUUCUCAAAGUCCCAGGAAGUGCAAAAUGAUCACGUAACAAACUACGGCCAUUAUGCCACAUCCAUGGUAGAUAUAAACUCAACAAGUGAUGAUGGCCAAACAGGUCUACAUGAUGCUGUUUGCAAGGGACACAUAGAAAUGGUCAAGAUUCUUCUGGAAGGAGGAGCAAAUAUGCAUAAAUUGGAUGCUCGAGGUUGGACUCCAAAAGCUCUAGCAGAACACCAAGGGAGCAAAAGCAUGUAUGACCUCUUAGAUAGCUACGAACAGAGAAAGAUAGGAAAGGAGCAUAGAAUCGACUUAAGUGGUCCAGAAAUAGUCGGUACCAGCAUGCAUGAUGACCAAAACAAAGCAGAAAACCAUGGGGGCACUGGGUAUUUUAAAUAUCAUCCCAGCAAAGCAUCAGUCUCCGAGACAAGCCAGCACAAAUCUUACUCAGUUCAGGAAUCUACCAAGAAAAGAGUUACUAUCCACAUGCAGGUUCCAACUGGUAAAACAUCAACAAGACAACUUGGAAAGUUAAUAAUCCUGCCUGAUUCCAUCGAAGAACUACUCAGAGUUGCCGGUGAAAAGUUUGGAGGCAACCACCCUGCAAAAGUAGUUAAUGCAGAGAAUGCAGAAAUAGAUGACAUAAGUGUCAUCCGCGAAGGUGACCAUUUGUUUCUUCUUCAGAACAUGCAUGAAAAGAUGGAUUACAAAGUGACUUGACAACUUAUCAAUAGACAGUACUAUAAAUGAGAAAGAUCAA